GGAUGACAAAUGUGGAUUGAUAGAAAAUUUCGUAAGUUCAUCGACUUUGCGUGUUAAGUGACGCUUUCGGAUGAUUGCAAGAGAAAGACGUACGAGAUCGGAAUCGGAGUCCAACGGCGGGAUUGAAGUGAAGUGGGAAAGUACGACCUGCGAUUUAUAUCGUGCGAAACCGUUUCUUGAUAUCGCGCGGCGCGAAAAGAGAUUACUCCGAUAUAUAUGAAUCACAGUCACGGAUCGUAAUUCGAGCGUUCCUCUUUCUUUCUGACUCGGGAGGCACACGCAAGAUCCUCGCAAAUCAAACUUCCCUCUACAAUUUAGAUCAGGUCUCUUCGCUUAGGCUUAACGUUUCAUUAAGUUGCAGUCACAUAAAGUGAAAAGGUAUCGCGUUUAUCGCGAUCAUAAUUCACGGAUUCUCCCUUUUUCCGUAGGUGCCGACUCGCGGCAGCGCGAUCAGGUGAUAAACUGGAAAGAAACGGUCCAAAGGCGGAAUCGGGAGGAAGUGAAGUAUCUAGAUUUGUAGAACGACUGCGUAGUGCUGAUGUGUGCCACGGAUAGACGUUGUGCCAGUGCGCGCGGUUGAGUAAGAUCGACUCGGUGAUUUGACUGGAUUUCUCUCCUUCGUGAUCGGGAUCGAGAUCGCUGAUUUGCCCUGAGCGACCGACGCGGUGAGCGCGGUCGCCCCGACGAAAAUCCACGGGUCUUCGGGUGCCCGGUUGCUGGUGCGAUACGUCUCAUCGACGGAUUUCUGAUCAUGGAUCUGCGCGCUGUCACUCAACGACUGUUGACUUUCUCAGGUGGACGGCAUCGCGUGGAGGGCAUUGGCGAAAGUAUUUUCGAUCGUCUGCAGAAGGUGAAGGAAGGAUGAAGAAUGCCCCGCGCUGGCGGAGGAGACGGGGGUAGUGGGCCCCAGAGGACGGGAGGGGGUGGCUUCGGAGGAUGGCUGGGUGGCGCUGCGAGGGCCAUGACAGGUGGGGGCGUCGGUGGUGGAUACGUUGUUCUGGGUGGCACCAGAUACGGUCUGCGAAUCUCUCAGGAGAGUCUGCCACCGGUCAACUCCGGAGAGGAUUCGCAGGAGCGCCGACGGAAGCGAAAUUCGCGCGAAAGCGAUUCGCGGGAGCGGCUGACCGAGAGACCAUCGGUGGCGGAAAAGUCGCCUAUCGAUCUGGCGGCCAGCAUUGCCGAUUGCUGCUGCAUCGGCCCGCGAUCGCGUCUUCCGCUCCCGCGUAUCGCGUCGGCGAUCUCCCCGGCUUCGACGACAUCCUCGAUGGCGACAGCAGCAUCGUCCGCGUCGUCAUCGUCGGCGUCGUCCUCGUCAUGCCCCUCGAUCGUCGCCGGUGGUUAUCCAUCCGGAGGUAUCGCCGACGGCUGCUCGCCGCCUCUUCCUGCUUCCACCACGAGCGUCGCGGAGACGACGCCGACGCUCGCUAAUAAUAGUCGCGGCGCAGUGCAAACAUCGGUGGGGAAUAUCGGCAGCACUAGCCAGCAGCAGCAGCAGCAGCAGCAGCAGCAGCAGCAGCAACAGCCGCCACACCACUACCAACAGCACUAUCCACAAACAGCUGUGGCGGCGGUAACAUCGUCGUACUCGUCACCGACGCCGUACUCACCCUCGACGUCGCUCGGCUACUCGUCCGGCGUCCCGACGACGACGCAGACCGUCUCCGUGCCGCGGCAGCUCGCGCAGUGGACGAAGCAUCAGACGCUCAAGCUGCAGGAACCAGCAGUGAUAGCAGUGGACCGAUUGCACAGGUUUCGGUGGAGCGGGGGCGGAGGAGGAAGUGGCAAAAAGUCCUCUUCCGGCCCCCGCAGCGAGAAGGCCGAACGCCUUCGCGAACUCACCGAGAAACUCAAGGGACCGGCACCGGUUCCGCCACCCAGGAGACCGUCACGAGUGCAGGCUUCCUCCCCUCCUCCGAGCGGAUACCAGCCGUCGUCUCAAAAUUAUCCACAGACGGGCUCAAAUCCAAGUUGCGGCCGUUGCGAGGGUCGCUCGUCUCAUCGCAGCUAUACAUACAGCGAGGGUAGCCAACAUGGUAGUAACAAUCAGCAACAGCAACAGCAGCAGCAGCAGCAGCAGCACCAGCAGCAGCAACAGCAGCAGGAAACUCCGAAGACGAUGGUCCGCAGUGAGAGUGUCAGUGAAGAGUGUCUCAGUGAUCGGUCGGGAAACAACGUAUACCGGAAGCCCUGUCACGACUCGAGGAAAACCUCGAGAUCAGGCAGACCAGAGAGAAACAGUGAUGACGUCAGUGACCUCAGGAGCAAGCCGAAUGCCAUUGCGGAGGCGGCGAAACACUUGAGACAGUACAGUGAUUCCGUGGUGGACAGUGCUACGAGUGUGGACGAUUUGUGCGAUAACCUGAACACCGCUUCCGUUGGCGGCAACGAGGGGGAGGCCCGGGAUGCCAUCACCAGACUGGAGCCGCGUGGGCUGCUCGCCUUUCACAGGUCCGGCGCGCCCUAUAGGAGUGCCUCCUUCGGCCAGGUGGACUUUAAUCAAGAUGCAGAUUUUACUUUCAGCGCAAACUCGCACUUUCCUCUUCCAGCGAAUCGACAGAAAACUCAGCCGAUCGUAACGUCAAAUCGCUCAAUCGAGAUCAAAGACGUUCGAGCGAGUACGUUACCUCGUCGUCGGGGUGAUGUCACUCCAGGUAGCACGACACCUCAAAACAGUCCCAAUCGACAGAGCCCGAGGACGUCGACGCCUAGCGUCGACAGCGCCGUCGGCUCUGCUGAGGGUCUGGGUGUCUCUCAGCAAGGGAACCACGAGGAGAUCCGACCCAGAAGCGACGGUUCGGACAGUCUGGCAACUUCCAGCGCACUCACCAGCCCGGAACCACUAGUUCCGGAGACGAAUCCAAUCGAGCCCAGGGUCGAUCUGGUGCAAACGGAGACGCCCACCAUUGAACUGGUUGGCCACGAGUCUGUGUAUCCGAUCAUCGAAGGAAACAUCGUGGAGGAGACCAUUCAGAAAGAGACUAGAAUAGAGCCGCACGAGGUGAUCAUUACGCCACCCCCGGAGGAGCCGCGGCUGAGUCAAGCGAGCGAGGGCAGCGAGGCGCCGAGCGAGACGCCCUCGGAGGCGUCCUCGCCAUCCGGCAAGGCGAGACGAUACCGGGGCGACACCAGCAAGAGGAGGAAGGGCGUGUACAUAACUCAAUGGCCAGAGCCCUUGGACGCGGACAGGAACAAGCUGUCGGCUCAGAGCAGCGAGGAGAGAGACGAGCCACCUGCGACGCCCAGCGACCUGUCCGACUGCGAGGGCCACACGCCUCGAAGGUACAGCAAGAGGCCCCUUCGCGGCCCCUACGGGCAGAUGCUGGAGGCCGAGAUGGCGAAACCGCGCACCACUGAUAUCGCGCUCGACGAAGGUCUUCGUCCUCGCAGGAAGAUCUCCGCAAAUCUUUCGUACAACGCGAGCAGCAACAACAGCGGCUCCGAGCCGCCUACGCCUUGCCACCACCGGACGACCUCCAGCCCGACCAAACUCGAGGGACUUCCGGGGCCGAGUCCUGAGCUGCUCGCGGAGCUGCUGAGAGGGUCCUCGGAGAGGGUGGCUCGCGCACCGGCGCAUCGAAACGACACAAGGACUCACGUGGUUGUGGAGCUUUACGAUACGGAACGCUCCUACGUAGAGGCGCUACAAAUACUAGUCAAUAAAUACUUACAGCCCCUAAAGAGCUCGGAAAAUGCCGGUCUGGUGGAUGCCGGAACAGUCGACGAGAUAUUUUAUCAGAUUCCUGCGCUUCUCAGUCAUCAUGAGGUAUUCUUGGAGGAGUUGCGUAGGCGACUGGACACCUGGGAACUCAAGCAGACGAUCGGCGACGUCUUCCUCGAUGUGUUCACGAAGCCGGUGGUGUUGGAGACAUACACCCUGUUUCUGGACAAUUGGAAGUCUGCGAGGAAGGCGAUAAAAACAACGUGCCAAGCGAAGCCGGCCUUCGCACGAUUUCUCGAGACAAUGGAGCGCGAACACAAGGGCAAACUUGGACUGGACCAGCUGCUGAUUAAACCCGUGCAGAAGAUUCCGCGGUACGAACUAUUGAUCCAGAGGCUGCUAAAACACACGGAUCCGACGCAUCCCGAUUACGAGCUGCUGCAGGCCGCGCAGAAGGAAGUGCACGAGCUGGUCGUGAAGAUCAACUGCACGGAAAGGGAGUCGCUCGAAUGGGAACAGCAGCAGACCACGCUGAGGGAGGUCCAGGCUCUCGUCGAAGGUCUCGCCGGCAUCGUAACGAACGACAGAGCUUUCGUCCGACACGAUCUGGUCACCAUAGCGUCGAAUCAGGGCACACGGAAGGAACGGGCUUUAUUUUUGUUCUCCGAUCUCCUCGUCAUUACCAGCAUCAAGCGCAGAAGCGGCACAAUAAGAAAACCAUCUACAAGCACGUGUCCGAACAGCCUGGUCGGUUUGCUUGACGCAAACAAGUACAAAAUGCUGAUGCGAAUCCCACUGGAUGAUCUCGAAGUGAUGAAAGCCAAAGACGAGAAUUUAAGACGAAUGGCGCGCGAAGUGGAUUAUCUGCGAGAAGACUGUACGAAGUUGACUCAGCUACAGGAACUCGCCGUGACUUUACAUGGCGCCAAGCAGCAGUUGGAAGACCUUAUCAAGGAUAUGCUGAGUCAGGCCCAGCGGCAAUUGGCGGAGAGAAACGCGGCGCAUUCUCAGUUGGCUUGCCUGGAACUUACACUCAAUACUCAAGCCGGGAUAGAGAACAUAUCCGUCAUGUUCGCGAAGCCUGACAAGCGUGCGAGCUGGGAGGAGAGCUUUAAUGAAGCCAAACAGAAGCUCGCCCUGUCGGCCGACAGGAGACCGUGUCCCGAAUUCGUCGGGCCACUGCCGAUUAGGAAAACGCGAGCAGGCCUCCAGUUCACCUGCGCGGCGCCGACAUUGGCGAACGGGCAGGGAUCUAAGGACGUCUGGGUCUGUAACAGCGACGGUUACGUCGGUCAGGUGUGCGUGCUGAGCCUGAGUCCGGAACCGCCGCAGGUAACGUCGUGCAACGGAGUCUGCAACGCCAGAAUACUCUGCGUCGCUGGAAUACCCGCGUGCACGCCUGGUUCAAACUCGUGCACGUCGAACAACAGUCCAUUCGUUAACAGCAAGAGCGGUAUCAGCAUAUCGGUGCAAGACGUGGAUGCCAGCGGCGGAAACAUACAGUUAGACAGUAGCUCGAGUUCCGACGAUUCGGACUCGGACGACAUUCCAUGCGCGGAUACGGGCAGCGUGACGUUGAGUGGCGACGUAUCGAGUAUUGAAAAUACUACCACGGAAGAGGAUACGAAUCAGCCCACAAUGUGGCUAGGAACAGAGGAUGGCUGCAUUCACGUAUACAACUGCAACGACAACAUUCGGAUUAAGAAGAACAAAGUGAAGAUACAACACGGCAGUAGCGUGCAUUGCAUCAUAUAUUUGGAUAACAAGGUGUUCGUCUCUCUUGCCAACGGAGACAUUACCGUUUACGUACGGGACCAUACCGGUGGAUGGAACACUCCGGAUCCAACGACUGUGUCUGUUGGGACGGUAGCGUCGCCGGUGACCAAAAUGCUGUCCGUCGCCGGGAAACUGUGGUGCGGGUGUCACAAUAGCGUUAAAGUCCUAAAUACCCAUACACUGGAUAUCGAACACUCCUUUACUGUGAGCAGCGAUACGAGCCGCGCCGUUUCCUGUAUGGCGAACUCCGGAGGCUUAGGCGUUUGGAUUUCCUUACACAAUAGCGCUGUGCUGAGGCUUUUCCAUUCCGGUACAUACGAGUGCCUAACUGAUAUCAACAUCGCGCCAGCUGUUACCAAAAUGCUAGCCAUUGCAGGUUGCGAUGACAUAAUUCGGCAGCACAAGGCUGCGUGUCUCAGGGUCACCGCACUAUUGGCUUGCAACGAGUUACUUUGGAUCGGCACGAGCGCCGGUGUGCUGCUCACCGUGCCAAUUCCCCAUAUAAAGCCAUCCACUCAGAGGAUGUCGCAGCCUCCGAUCGUGACUGGAAUUCCUCAUGGACACACAGGACACGUGCGUUUUCUUACCUGCGUAGAAACGCCGAAUCCCUCGAAACCGGACCCGCGGCCGAAAGUGAAUCGUUAUUCAUUAAAGUCGAACAAAACGCAGCAGAACAAUAUCAAUCGUAGCAAACUCCUAGUGAUAUCCGGUGGAGACGGUUACGAGGAUUUCCGCGGGCCUCAAGCUUCCGCCGAGUUGCAAGCUGGUCGUGAGGACUCUACGAAUCAUUUACUGCUGUGGAAAGUGUGAUACAAUCUAGCACGACCCCAGGUUCAGGAUGAUGCAGUAACCACUUUACUUCUAGCAAGGGUCGAGGUAAACGAAAGCCGGCAUGACACGCCGUGGAAAUCGUUGUUGUAUGCGCAGCACGCAGGUGAACGCCGUUGUCUGAUCGUGGACGAUCAAGACGCAUCGGCGCGCCAGGUUUUCAGGGAACGCGGGAGGGUUCUCUGGCUGAUACUAACCGAGUGGGUCAAGGGCAAGAUGCGGGAACUGCACUACUCCCAAGACGUAAGGAAGUAUCGGCUGCAAUUCGCGCGGGAGUCUGACCGAUCGAGGACGGUCACCAACCUGUCUCUAUCAUCGUGCAAUUUAUAAGAGCGGAUCUGCUAUUUCUUGACCAUGAGCAAUCACGUCGGUCUUACGCGAGAUCGUUUACCAACGACGAGUGCUCGAUGGCCAUCGAUUUUUUUUUUUUUUUCUUGCUUUCUCCAGUAUGUAUUUGAAAUUAUUUGGAGAUAAACGUAUAAUGAAGCAAUUGUGACGUGAUAUUUAGAUGGGAGCGUUUGGUAUAUUUUCCCUUUACAUUGUGAAUUGUUAAAUUAUUAUCGACCUGCGUUUGCACAGAUUAAAAAAGUAUAAUAAAAUAUUUAUUUAUUUAUUUUGGUUUACUCGGUUUAAAUAUUUGUGAUUAUUUUGUACGGAUUCUGAAGUACUUUGUGGAUCGAGCACGUGCCUUUGGUAAAUUACUAAUAUCGAACGAAUUGCGGGAUCGAAUCUUAUAUUGGAAAUAGUAAGAUCCGAUCCUUGAUGUAGUUUUCGAUGUCGAUAAAUGUCCGUUAUACACACGAGGACAUACUCUCUAAAUUUUUUGGAGUGGAAUUUCAUCUAAAAGAGUGAAAUUCCACUCUAAAAGUGUGAAAAUCCUGCCACUCUUUAUCAAGACUGGCAGGAUUUUCACACUUUUAGAAUGGGAUUCCACUCCAAAAAUUUUAGAGAGUAGAUCCGAAAUCGGCCCACGUGUUAAGAGGGCAUAUUAUACACCUAGAAAAACAGGGCCUAACUUUGUGAAUUUUUACGCAGCGAUUGAACGUCGUUUUUUUUUUUUUUUUAAACAUGAUUUAGGAAAAUUUGAAUAGCGACAUCAUUUUGUAUUACUUUUGAAUAAAAUUUAAAUGACAAAUAGAUAAUAAUAUGAUUUUUACAAUGGAAUAAACACCUCUCUAUCACUUUCCGUUUGGCUACAAAAAAUUUGCAAAGUUUGACCCUUGUUUUGGGACUCGUCUAGAUGUAUAUAAGUCCCCUUAAAAUGAUAAUAUAUUCCAAAACAACACAAAGGUCCAAAGAACGUUUAUAAAAACGUUUGUAAAAACAUUUACGAGAUCUAUAGAAAUGGAACCACUUUUAAGUAUUUUUACGAUGCUUUUUCAGAUGUUUGUGUCGUUCGGGUUGGAUCCGUGUGCGUAUUUUCUUUUAGCUCUGCACUUUCUAAUAACUCGUACAUUUAAAAUGAAACAAAAAAAUAUAAUCAAACUUUUAAGAAAAAGAGUCUCAUAGGAGAAAAUUGUCGAAAAAUAUAGAAAGUGUGAUUUAAAUGAAACAGAUCUUCCAUUUCAGACCGGAUCAUGUAAAAACUAUCGACGCUGAAAAAAUCGACGGAAUACGGUACCUGGACGUUAAAUCGAGCUUAUAUAUGUGUACAUGUAUCAAAGGCCUACAUCAAUUAGUAGAUAUAGAGAUCUAUAUUUCUUACAAGUACUAAAGUGCCAAAAAGAAGAAAAAAGGGAAAAAAAGAGAACGAAUUCCGCUCCCCGUUUGUCGAUCGACUGCAAAAGUACUGACGUACUUCAUUAUUUCCAGUACGUGGUAUAAUGUAACUCGAUGUGUUCGUGUUAAUUGUUUAAGAGUUUAUCGAGUUCGUCUACAUCAAGUGCAUUGAAAUUCAAAAUAGACGGAUUUAUUUAUUUGAAGGAGAUGAGGAGUAAAGAAAUCUGAAGCUCUUUCGCGCAUUAGAGGUGACUGUUUGUAUUUUAUCUACGCGCGCGCGCGCGUACGUAUGGAGGUAUAUGUGUGCGUGCGUAUGUGUGGACUUCAUUAUCUUCUAAUUAAAAAACUACAAGUCGGUAAAAAAUAAAUUUACAAUUUCAAACUAAUAGAAGUGUCAAUAAUUAUUCUAUCAUGAAGUUGCCAUUAUGUACACCUUUCUUUUCUUUAUGCGCUGUUUAUAGAAAAAAAA